AUGGCCGCCAUCCCUCACCCGGAUUUACCGCGUCCGGCGCAUCUGGACAAGGACUCUCCGCUCGGGCGCAAGUUCGGGAAGGAGGUGACGAAUUACUUUGGAGGCUCGCCCAUCAAUCGAGUCUCGUUCCUGCGCGAUGACUACACCUUCCUCGCCGGGGCGUUCGCGCACCCGUCAGCGCGGUUCCUCGUCUACAAGACCCUCUCCCCGCUGAUAAAGACGCCGACCGAGAUCCACUUCGCGACCCACGACGAGGUCAAGACGCUCCUCCCCAACAAUCCGUUCGAGCGGACGGAAAAAGAGAUCGUGGAUGACUUUGACUCGAGCGUAGACAUCCCGCAAUUGGUCUUUUUGGGCUUGGAUGAGAAUGUCACCGAUGGCUUCUCGUACAAGGUUUUCACGGGUGCGCCGCACUGGGCGUUGGACAUCACGCCCAAGAGGACCUAUGAGAAGGAGGCCAAGGAGUUGAUCGACUCGUUGCUGGAACAAGGGCUGAAAUUUAGUGAGGGCAUGCGGGCUAUGAACUUCCCGGCUGACAUUGCCGCCCAGUACGCGCAGGGCCGCCACUACCUCGACUGGAACUACCGCAACACCUUCUGCGGCACGUGCGGCCAUAGAACCCUCUCGGUCCACGGGGGAGCCAAGCGAGUCUGUCCGCCAAAAGACAAGGCGGAAAAUCCCCAGGAGCGAGAACCGUGCUCGACCCGGACCACCCUCUCGAAUCUCACAUUCCCCCGCACCGAUCCCACCAUCAUCGUCGCGGUGCUCAGUCACGACAGCAAACGACUCCUGCUGGGCCGACAAAAGCGCUGGCCGCCUCACUGGUUCUCCACGCUAGCGGGCUUCAUUGAACCGGCCGAAAGCGUCGAGGACGCCGUGCGACGCGAGGUCUGGGAAGAGUCUGGCGUCGUCCUGUCGCGGGUCCUCGUGCAUUCCACGCAACCCUGGCCGUAUCCGGCGAACCUGAUGAUCGGCGCCAUCGCGCAGGCGGCAUCCCCAGAGGACGAGGAGAUCAAGCUGGAGUACGACCCCGAACUCGAGGUCGCCAAGUGGUUCACCCUGGAAGAGAUCCAGGAGGCGCUGCAGAACGGGACGAGCGGGCUGGGAGACCCGGCGCCCGAGGGGUACAAGGAGGGAAAUCUGAGGUUGCCGCCUCCCACGGCCAUUGCGAAUCAGUUGAUCUCGGCGGUGGUCAGGGGUGGGUUUUUGGAGGGUGUUACGCCGAUCACGAAGCUGUAG